AUGGCGGCCGAGAGAUCGAAGAGAGUUCGUCAAGCCGCGCAGGGGCAGGGAAUGGAGGAGACUACGAAAAAGAUCGAGCCCGGCUUCAGAAUCAUCAUAAGAGGCGCUCAAGCAAACGACGUGAAGGCCAUCGUCAACAUCUACAACCAUCACGUAGCCCACAACGCUUGUGUGCCGGAGAUCCACCAAGUCACCGAGGCAGAUAUGAAGAGGCGCAUGGACGACGUUCGCUACUUCAAACUGCCAUACCUUGUGGCUGUCAAGCCCGGCGCGACGAUUGCCGGCCGAAAGAAGAAGGGUCAACAGACUAUCCAACUACCUGACGAGGUCGUCGGCUUCGCCUUUGCGGACUUGUACAACGGCACGAAGAACAUGUACCGUUUCACAGCCGAACUUGAGGUCUACGUCGACAACAAGCACUACAUGAAGGGCGUUGCAUCCUGUCUCAUGGACAAGAUCCUCGGUUUGAUGGACCCGAUGUUCCCAGUGAAGGGCGGAUACGAGAUCCAAGGCGACGAAGCGGAAGGCAUUGGAUCGUUCCAGACGAUUAAGAACAUCCUUGUCAACAUGUCUUACGAUUCGGAAGAGGUGGCUGCGUGGAAGGAUAGGUGGCUUACGGACACGCUGGGGUUUCAAGGGCGUGCUCCUCUGAUGGGCCUGGGAGUGAAGAAUGGGAAGAGCGUCAACCUGAAGAUCUACCACCGCAUCACCGGUGAAGAUGUAGACCCUAAGAAGCUUCCGAUCUCACCUAUCUUCCUUCCUUAG